AUGUUAUCAAAGAGAAAAAUAGGUUUUAUUGGGUGUGGAAAUAUUGCAAAUGCGAUUAUAUCUGGGUUUAUAUUAUCUAAAAAAAUAAAAUCCAAUCAAAUUUUUCUACAAGAUCCCGACAGAAAUAACUUAGAAGCACUUAAAAAGAAAUUUCCUGAAAUUAAUAUCUCAGAAAGUCUUUUAAGUUUAGUGAUUAAUUCUGAAUUAAUAUUUAUAUGUGUAAAACCACAUAUUUUAGGCCAGGUUUUAAAUGAAAUCAAAAAUUUCAAUAUUGAAGCUGAUUUCAAAUCAGGAAACAAAGUUUUGAUUUCAGUUUGUGCAGGAAAGACUAUUGGUGAUAUAUUAAGGGAAUUUCAGUCUAAUGAUAUACACUGCAUUAGAGUAAUGCCAAAUUUAACCUUGUCAAUUUGCCAAGGAUCUUGGCUUUAUCAUGAAAAUCCUGCUGCCCAUUUUUCUAACUACAAACAAAACAACUCAAAUGAAAUUAUUGAAAUUUUAAGUUCAUGUGGUACCGUUUAUAACAUUGAUGAAAGUAUCUUCUCACAUUGCACUAGCAUUAGUGGAUGUGGCCCUGGAUUCUUUUCUAAUAUUGCUCAUCAUUUCAUUGAAUCUGGAGUUAAGAUAGGAAUUCCUAAAGAUCUUGCAAGAAAACUUGUCAUAGAAACGAUAUAUGGAACUUCCAAAUUUCUUUUCGAAUCAUCUAUUGAACCAAGAGUUUUCCAAUCCAAAGUUUCUACUCCAGGAGGUUCCACUCAAGCGGGUAUUGAUGUACUUGAAGAUCGGUUAAUUGGAGACAUUUUUCGAGAUUGCCUUCAAUCAUCAUUCGAGAGGUGCAUUCAACUUAGUAAGAAUUAA